CCGGUUGUACCUCGGGACUGCUCGAGUCUGGGAAUUCGCGCCAUGGUAAGAACACUACAACGGAAGAAACAGAUUUGGAGAAGAUGCACGCUGUCAAAGGACUCAAAUGCAUUGGGCCAAUCCGUGGACGUCAUCGAGGUCAGUAUGUCGAUUUGAGCAGCUAGUAGGCCGCCCAGCCGAGCUCAAACUCGUGGACCCUUUUCACGUGUUCGGGAGUCCAUGUGUUCCGAGCACUACUGCCAAAACCCAGAAUCAGAUAAACGGAGAGCACUUCUUCUUUGCCGCUUUCCUUUUCAAUUUCUUUCAAUCGACCUCGAGGAUAUUUUUAGGGCUCUAAUCUGCACGGGAAAGGCAUAGCUGUAGGACGGUAGGACCCUUUUCUGGUAAUAAUAUGAUCACCUUUCACUGGUUUAGAGCAUGUUUCAAAAUGGAGACAUUGGGAGUUUUACAGGCAUCCCGGGGUCGGAACAGGUCUCGAAUCGAUCGGUCGAUCGAUGGCAUUGCAUCGCAUCACCCGGCAGAGGGUGCCCUCAGGUGUUACCAGCGUAGGCUCCGCAUAUGAUACCGGGAUAUAAUAUCAUUGUGCACAACUCUUGUCAGCUAUUCUAGCUACAGCAGCCAAGAACCUUCUCUCCCUCUUGAUAUUUCCUGUGACCGAUUUAUGACGAGUGCGGACUUAGCAUCGGGCCUGGGCUCAUGAUGAGGGCUCGCCUUGUGUAGGCGAGCCGUCCCUCUCACUGUUGCAUUGAGUAGAGCUCGGUUUAUCUCCGAGGUGUCCAUGGAGAAUGAAGGGAGGACCAAGGGCCCAAGGGGAUUGGAUGAGAUGAAGUUGUAAGUCAGAGUUCUUCCUGCGGAGGGAUUUCCAGAAAAGUGCUGUUGUAUUUUGAGGUAUCGACAAGGCUUUACAGGUGGUGGAAGAUGCGAUCGCAACUGGUUGAAAAAGGUCUUUUUGUAGUUAGGGUUCGCAGGCGUGCAGUCAUCCAAAGUUGCCGAGAUAGACAAAUAUUGCAUGCAUUGAACCUAUGCUGUUGUGAAACAGGAGCCGUCUGGAAAUUUUCCUCGGGUGUGUGGGGAAAUAUGGUUGAGGGUACGCACCUUGACUCAUCAAUGGAUAUAUGGAAUAUGGCUUUGCAGAUGUGUCCAAAAAGGUGGUCGGUUGUAAAUCCAAAAGCUCCCAUGCUCGCAACAAACCCCACCGACCGCGUUUGCUCUGUCACUUGCCUUUCAGUGCCGUCAGCAUCCCCGUCAAGGUCUCCCUUCUCCUCUUGAACAGUCACUUCAUCUCUUCGAAGGCAAGAAACAGUCCACUGUGUCAAAGAUCUUCAGAAGUCUACCGAUUAGUGCAGUCUGUAGCAACAUUUCCACCCCCAGACAGGGUGUGAACGAGCUGACUAGGACGCCGAAGUGUGUCGAGGUUUUUCUGGCAUCAGUAUCUGGUCCGGCGGGUCCAAUUCAUCCAAUGCAAUUCCUUGCUAGAGACGUCCGGUAUCUUACCCAUGGGUUAGUCCAGCACUUCGAGUCUGAGCAGUGAGGAAGCUGGAUCUGAAGUAAAUGUCACAGAACUUGCUAAGAGCUGGGAUCAUGAGAGAGCUCCUUGCAGUAGUUCUUAAGUACGGGGGAUGAAUGUUCGCUCGAUGAUAUACAAUCAUGGAACCAGAUGCCUCUGUUGCCGCUCCGCUGGUCUUCUUGUGAGUAGUACAGUAACCCGGAGCGUCGCUUUUCGUGCCCAAAUCAUGAUUAUGCACCUAGUGCUCCCUUUGCAGGUUUUCACAUUAUCCUCACAUGUGAUAGACCCGAAUAUGUUGAAGCCAAGAGGCUUUCGCUAUAUUUAACGAAAACAUGCACCAAAGGUAAUCCAGAUAGCAAGCGAUACAUAUUUUUGAGCUAUUCUCUCUCUCUCUCUCUCACUUCUGUCCUUAAAGAGCACUAGGACGCAGUAGAGCACGGUAUUCCAUCCGCAGCAUACAAUAGCAGAACUGCUAAGGUUUGACAUAGAUUUCCAAAACAACUCUUCCUACUCCAGUCAUAUUGAUGUAGUGCGAUUUUGUUCCUGAUCUCUUGUUCACCCGCCAGUGGGCCACUUAUUCUUAAAGGAAAAACCGGG